CAUUCUGCCUCUGCCAGUCAAUUUUCAAUUUUCCGAGAAAGCAGUGCAGUCGCGUCGCUGAACCAAGCAAAUUGAUAUUGUAAAAACAAAACAUUAGCCGCCGCGACAGAGUGUGAUUUGUUUUUUUAUGUUUGGUGUUUUAUUGUGCUCGUGAGCGGUGAAAAACUGAGCGAAACGAGUGGUCCAGAGUGCAUUGGAUCCACUGGAGUUGCCCGCAACCGCAGUACUCCGGAGUCCAGUUUUCCGGGGCCUUCCCCCGCCGAAAGCCCCGCUCCCGCUCCCGCUCGCAACCCCCAGAGCCAGAAGCACCAGCCGCAUUAGGGGUUGCAAAAUUUUUGCAGCCAGUUCGGAAAAGUCGGUGGAAAAGCAGAAUCGAGUGUGUUUGCAGUGCGAAGGAAAGUAAGGGAAGCGCGGAAUCGGAAGGGCAAUCCUCCGCCGAAUCCUUGAGAGAACCCCUUUCGCGUGCCAUGCGUGACCUCGGCACCAAAAUGGCCGAGCUAAAAUUCGAGGCUCCGUUGGCGAAGUUCGAGGAGACGGACGAGUGGGGCGGCUGCGACUUCAUCUCGAAUCAGAACGCCCUCAACGACACGCUCAACCUGAACCUGAAGGACUCCUCCUCCGCCGGCGGCAAGCCGGACGCGGCCAAGCUGCGCCUCCUGGAGGACGCGGUGCGCGAUGCCCACGUGAGCAAGAACGGAGGCGGUGGCGGAGGAGCUGGCUCCCUCAGCCCCAAUUGCAACACGCUGCAGGGCGGCUCGAUCAUAGAUUUCGGCCUCUCCGACGUGGGCCUGGUGCCUGGCGAGGGCUCCGGCUCGGGGCUGGAUGGCCUGGAGAAGCGCUCCCUGGCCGUCGGCGACCAUGUGGACAACUUCACGGAGACCUUCGGCGGCAGCCUGGAGGAUCUGGUCAACACGUUCGACGAGAAGAUCACCAAGUGCUUCGGCAACUACGAGGAGAACGUCGAGGAGCUGGCUCCGGUGCAGGUGCGCAGCCAGGAGGAGAUCAUGAACGAAUGCCAAAUGUGGUGGACCAUCACUGGCAACUUCGGCAACAUUCUGCCCAUCGACUGGUCAAAGUCGUACACCCGUCAGAUGCACAUGCCCACCCUGAAUCUGGGCCAGAACCACACAAAGCAGCAGCAGCAGAUGCGCAACCAGCAGCAGCAGCUGCAAAGCCAGAGCCAACAGGCGUAUCCACACAGCAAUGGAUCGGGAUCGGGAUCCGGGUUGGACGCCCAAACUCCGGGAGAUGAGUUCAACGAUUUGGCCAGCGAGGACGAGGCGGUGGCCAACGACCUGGACAUGCACGCCCUCAUCCUGAACGGAUUGAAUGGGGACCUGGACGAUCAGCCGAUCAAGACGGUGGAGGAGGUGAUCAAGGAGAUUGACGACAUCAUGGACGAGGCCGAGAGCCCCCUGGACGAGCCGGAUAACUGCGAUUCGGAGGUCAUCGAGAAGGCGCGAGAGGUCCUGGGAGCGCCCCUCUAUGCGGAAAAACUGCAAUAUCUGACCACGACACAGCUGAAUGAAUUGUACAUGGAGAUGGAGGUGCUGAUCCAGGAGCUGAGCGAGACCCUCAUCAACGAGCUGGCCCUGCGCGAUGAGCUGGAGUUCGAGAAGGAGCUGAAGAACUCCUUCAUCUCGCUGCUCCUGGCCGUCCAAAACAAGAGGCGGCAGUACCAUGUGGAGAAGAAGCGGGGCAAGUUCCAGGGACCCGAGCCCAAGUACUUGACCACUGUCAUUCCGUAUCACCUGGAGAACGGCACGCCCAACAAUCAGUCCCUACAGGUCCUGAUCAAGAUUCUCAAGGCCAUCAACGAGGACAGCCCGACGGUCCCGGCCCUCCUCACGGACUACAUCCUGAAGGUGCUCUGCCCCACAUAAGCGCCACCAGCGCAACUGCAGUCGCCUAGGAGCAGGAACCCAAGCUAUCGCUCUAUCUCUCUGUCUGUGUUUAUACAAUUAUGCCGUACAUCUAUAAACAAGUUGCAUAUACACACACCACACACAUAAUUUAAUGAUUAGUUUGUACUUCAAAUUAUUGUUUAAAUACCGGGGCAAAGCAGUUGCUUGCCUUGAGACGAAGAAGAUUUCCACACAAGCAGGAGUACGCCAGGAAUCUUCAGUUAUUCGAGGAAUAUUUCCUUGGGUGUCUUAUGGCAGGCAUGCAAGGCGAAAGUUUUCCAUCACCGAAGUCCCUUCUUUGGCCGUUUCUCAGCAGAACAAACAACAAUGUGCAACAAAAUAUACAUGUAAUACAUAUAUAGACACUUAUAUAUAUAUACCUAACGAAAUAUUUACGGAGAGCGCGCUGCAAGGAAUAAGCCAGUCCUCCCAACGGCAAUAAUACUCACUUCUCCGUCGCCGCUUUUUCUCCCAACAACGUCGAAGGAGAUAUUUAUACUAAAGAUCAUUAUUCGUAUUGUUAUAGAGCUGACUCCAACUAAGCUUAAAGAAUAUACAGAUAUGAUAAAUGCAUCCGAGGCCAGUUGCAAGUC